GUUACGGAACACAUAGCGCCACGUUCCAGUCAAGCGUUUUAGCAAAGGCUGCUAUUAUGAAAAGGAUUUUCUAAUAGGGGGAAUAAUGAUCUUCAGAUUCUGACCUCCUGGCACAGCAGUGAGAUUUAUCAGGAGGGGCAUGUGACUAGUUAAGACACACAGCCCCAGCUUGAAGGAAACAGCUGCUCAUUUCAUGCUUUAGCACUUGGCAGCUGGACAAGGAAGGGUGAUGUUUGUGUUGAAUACCUCUGCAGAACCAAGUACAGUUUUCCUGGAAGCCCAGAUAAGAACACAACCAACAAUAAAAUGAAAAAACUGUGCAGCUGAAGAACUGAAGAAGCAUUUUUCUACUUGGUGAAAAUGCCUCUUAUUUUUUGACAACGAUUGAAGAACAAUGGGGUCAAACACACUUGGGAAGGCUGCAACAUUAGAUGAGCUUUUGAACGCUUGUAUUGAAAUGUUUGAUGACAGAGGAAAUCAAUGCUCCAGCCAUUUGCCGAGAAUCUUUCUUCUAAUGCAUCGCUGGUACCUGCCUUCCACAGAGCUGGCUGUCAAGCUUCUGUCUACAUAUAGAGAUGCCAGUGGGGAGAACUGCAAUGAAUUCAGACUAAAAAUCUGCUACUUCAUGAGAUACUGGAUUCUGGAAUUUCCUGCAGAAUUUAACUUGGAUCUCGGGCUGAUUCGUUUGACUGAAGAAUUUCGAGAAUUAGCCAGCCAGCUUGGCUAUGAGGAUCACAUCGAUCUCAUUGAUAUCUCCAGCAUACCUUCCUAUGACUGGAUGAGAAGAGUUACACAGAGGAAGAAGAUUUCUAAGAAAGGAAAAGCCUGCCUACUUUUUGAUCAUCUGGAGCCCAUUGAACUAGCUGAACAUCUCACUUUUCUGGAGCAUAAAUCUUUUAGGAGAAUUUCUUUCACAGACUACCAAAGCUAUGUGAUCCAUGGCUGCCUGGAGAACAAUCCUACUUUGGAGAGAUCUAUUGCUUUGUUUAAUGGUAUCUCCAAGUGGGUCCAGCUCAUGGUUCUCAGCAAGCCGACACCCCUGCAAAGGGCAGAAGUGAUCACGAAGUUUAUCAAUGUUGCACAGAAGCUCCUCCAUCUCCAGAACUUCAACACACUGAUGGCAGUUGUGGGAGGUCUUAGCCAUAGCUCUAUUUCUCGCCUGAAAGAGACUCAUUCUCAUCUGUCUUCGGAAGUCACAAAGGACUGGAAUGAAAUGACAGAGCUGGUCUCUUCCAAUGGAAACUACUGCAACUACCGCAAGGCUUUUGCUGACUGUGUUGGCUUCAAAAUUCCUAUUUUAGGAGUGCAUUUGAAAGACUUGAUUGCUGUCCAUGUCAUUUUUCCUGACUGGAUAGAUGAAAAUAAAGUAAACAUAGUGAAAAUGCAGCAGCUUUCCAUCACCUUGAACGAACUGGUUUCCCUGCAAACUGCUUCUCAUCACUUAGAGCCUAAUAUGGAUUUAAUUAACCUGCUAACACUGUCCCUGGACCUCUAUCACACAGAGGAUGACAUCUACAAGCUCUCACUGGUGCUAGAACCAAGGAACUCCAAAUCUCAGCCUACCUCCCCAACAACCCCAAGCAAACCAGUGGUGCCACUGGAAUGGGCAUCUGGAGUGGUACCUAAGCCUGACCCAACCGUCAUCAACAAGCACAUAAGAAAGUUAGUGGAUUCUGUCUUUAGAAACUAUGAUCAUGACCAUGAUGGCUACAUUUCUCAGGAAGACUUUGAAAGUAUAGCUGCAAACUUCCCCUUCUUGGACUCUUUCUGUGUGUUGGACAAAGACCAAGAUGGACUCAUAAGCAAAGAAGAAAUGAUGGCUUAUUUUCUGAGAGCUAAAUCCCAGUUCCAGUGUAAAAUGGGACCUGGGUUUAUUCACAACUUCCAGGAGAUGACCUACCUUAAGCCAACUUUCUGUGAACACUGCGCAGGUUUUCUCUGGGGUAUAAUCAAACAAGGCUACAAAUGUAAAGACUGCGGUGCCAACUGCCACAAGCAGUGCAGGGACCUACUCGUGCUUGCCUGCAGGAAAUUCUCCCGAGGAACCUCUGUGGGCAGCAACCACGGCUCCCUGCCCAGCAGCCCUUCCCUGCCACCAGCCCAGGAUGAAGUGUUUGAGUUUCCCAGCGUCGAUGCAGAACAGCAGGACCUCGACGGCAGAGCCAUCACUCUUGUCACCGGCUCCUCCCGGAAGAUUUCAGUGCGGCUGCAGAGGGCGACAGCCAGCCAAGCAACGCAGACGGAACCGCUGUGGCACGAACCGGGCUGGAGUGAUUCAGGGUCUCACACUUUCCCAAAAAUGAAAUCCAAGUUCCACGGCAAAGCUGGGAAGAACAAAGGCUUUGCAAAGUGGGAGAAUGAAAAGCCCAGCAUGCAGGCCAACGUAGACAUAGAUGCUGAGGCUCCUCAGCACAUCCUGGAGCACAACGGCAUAGAAACGCUUCCUGAAAGACAGGAAUCUGAGGAUAGCUGACUGCUCACCCCGAAACACCAAAAAUCAGAGAUGACUAUAGUAAUACAGCAAAAGUUGACAGACUGCCAUAGACCACUUUUGGUCAUGGGAAAUCUUCCUGUACCUCAUACUUCUAAAUUCAGCCAUCACCCUGUUUUCCUAGCUGAUAGGUGUUAAAAAAAGCACUAUUUAUUUUCGCACACGAUUAAGCCAUUUGGAAGAACAUUGCACAGACACAGCAGAACAGAUCUCUGCACUCAGUGUUUUCUCUUGUAUGAUUUUGUGGAAACUUCCCCUCCAUGCCAGUGAGGAUAUAUUUGGCAUCCUUUAAAAGUACUGCAUCAUCUCAGCAUGCCUGCCAGGAACAACAGCAGUGAGGACAGAAGCCAACCAUCCGCAUUCAUUUGAUAAGACUCCUUUUUCAGAGGCUUGUAAUGAUCUCUUAAGGAAAGAAGUAGGUGUGGAUGUUGAUUAAAUCUCAAAACAAAACAAAACAAAACAAAACAAACAACAACAAAAAACCACCAAAAAUGAAAAACCCACAACUCCUUUCAUAAAGUCCUCUACAGUGAAAUCCCUUGCACACCUGGGGUUUUGAAUUUUGGACACAUUUACAUUGCUACGAUGAGCACACAUCCAGCACAGCAAUAGCUGUUACCAGAGGGAGGCUCCUUCAAGCAUGUGGCUGGAAGUGAGGAAGUUCCAGGACAUCGUGCAGGUGUUUGGUGAUACUGCAAAGGAGAGGUGUCCUCUCUGCCAGCACUGGUUAUGGGUAGAAUUAGAGUGUAAUAAAUGUCUUAGUUUUAAGUA